UUUUCUUUUGAAAGAUUUACCCAAUGGGCUUGGUUCAAAACUUCAAUUUCUAACCUAAGAAAAAAACCCAAGAAGCUGAAAUAGUGUGCUGCCCCUUUGCUACCACUUCGCCUCCGCUACUCUGCCAUCCAACUGGUACAUGAAGCAACCUUUUUUCCAGUGCUCAACCAUUGUUAGCUAAAGCUGCUAAAGGUGUCUUUGAUUACGGAUAUUAGAUAUGUUUAACAUUGCAACGACCUUCUGCAAAAGGAUAAGCGUGAAGGAGCUAGUUACCAGCGCUCCUGUGUUUGGCACAAUCACGGAUGGAUCUUCUUCUGGCUUAAGUUUGAUGCUUAGGCGGUGGGCUAGUAAAAAAACUGCUGGAUCAACUAAGAAUGGAAGAGAUUCAAAACCCAAGAAUCUUGGGGUGAAGAAGUUUGGUGGCGAGAGGGUGAUUCCUGGAAACAUUAUAGUUCGUCAACGAGGAACACGUUUCCAUCCUGGAAACUAUGUAGGGAUUGGGAAAGAUCAUACUCUCUAUGCCCUAAAGGAAGGUUGUGUGAAAUUUGAGACGCGUAAGCUUAGUGGGCGCAAAUGGGUACAUGUUGAACCCAAGGAAGGACAUGUCCUUCACCCCCUUUAUGCUACUGCUGAUGCAGGAGAGCUAAAGACAGCCACGUAAGGUUUGUGACAUUAUUGUUUGUUUAGGCAACCAAGUUUGCAUCUCAUAGUUAGCUAAACUUUUUGAAUGAUAUUGGAUAUUCAACUAUCAAUUGUAUCAGAGAGGAUCUUGGGAGAGAUACAAAAUAAAAGAAACAUGAGGUUUGGCUCCCCAUGUUCCAUUUACCGUA